AGCAACAAAAUAGUCUACAGUCCAUCUUCCCUAAUGUGUUUGUGGCCCUGCAGAUUUUUCUAAGUCUACCUGCACAUCUUAUAUGUACCUCUCAACGUAGGACUCUGUCAUAAGGGUACCGCACCGUCAGCUAUGUCAGCCCAGACAAGAGCAGAGAAAAUAGAGAAAGAAUAGAGGAUAAUUCUGUCUGGAUGUGGAUGGAGAUUACAUUUUACAUCAGCCUGAUCAUCAUUUAAAUACGUAAACCAUCACGUCUUCUAGUCCACGCUAUCAGCAUUAUUUUAAUGUGUGUGUGUGUGUGUGUGUGUGUGUGUGUGUGUCCAGUAACAUAUUAAUGUUACAAUUGAACAGUUUCACUUCAUGUAGGCUAGGAACGUUUCACCUGCCGUGGCCCGACCGCUUCUGCUCCACAAAAACUUUGUGCGUGAUCAAAUGUCUCUACAGGUGCUUUCUGAGCUGAAGAGGCUAUUCUGCCUCAGACUGGAUGCGUCAUGCGUCUCCAUAUUAGAGAUGGGAACAAGCGCUGUUCAGCCAAAGUUUCAUAAUUUCAUAAAAAGAACAUUUUUCCAAGUGACACAUCCCUCAGAGAGACCGGGUUUCCAGACCGCUUCAGUGGGAGGAAAUCUUACCGCAUGAGCUGUGGUUCUGCACUGCGCUGCGAACCCCUCUACAGAUCUUCAGCCCACCAUCCAUCGUGUGCGCUGCAAGCUGCGCUGAGCACAGUGUCCAGUAAGCACAUUGCACAUUGUGCCCAGGGGCCCCUGCAAUGAUAAUCUGGCCCUGCACAGCAUGUAAAAAUGUAAAUAUAAGGUCUGGCAGACUUGUUCUAUGGUAGGUCUUAAAGGGUUAAAACAAGAAAUUUGGUUCAUAUGUAAGAAUAGUUACAUUAUUUAAGUAAUGCUAUUUCUACAGAAUUGUUUUUCCUUUAAAGACCAAGCAUAGUAUGAAAUGUAUAAAAAGGAGUCAUUUUUACUUUCUUAGAAAUCAGUUUUUCUAGUGCUUUAGUUUUAGAGUUUGUUGUUGCAUUAGUUUAUAGGUUCAGAGUAAGGCACUGUUGUUUUAGUUAGAGUUAGAAGAUGGAGAAUCUGAGUGGGAAAAUGUGUUUGUAGAGGAUUAAAAGUUUUAAGCAGAUCAAGAACAGAUUUCUCAGAAACUACAAAUGCACUUUUAUCAUUCUUGAGUGACCAGAACACUCCUCACACUUGUUUACAAAGCUGCUAAUGCACUCUCAAGCCACAGAACGGGUAAACGUUCAAUCAGAGUCACUGGUGUGGAUGCACAAGUUGGGCUGAUGUUUGUUAUUGCCUUUGGUGUUUAACCGCUAAAUGAAUUAAAGACAAAUUAUCUGGCCCUUUAACUUCACUGGCCUUUUCAGAAGUUAAAAUGCAUUUGGCCAUUUCCACAGUAGCUUCCACACCCCCACUAACUAUCUCUAAACGACUCAUUAGACGCAUCCUGCGGAAAUGUUCCUGGAAAAGAGGAAAAAACAUUAGUUUUUAUUUUUUUGGUUUUCUUCAAUCCCAGGGUACUCAUCUUGUUUAUGGCUUGUUCAAACAUGUCACACCUUCCAAUUUCCAAAGAAUACUAAACUUGCAGCCUCUUACACAACCGCUGCAACAAAUCAUCAGUGCACCACUGCCUGCUCUAAACUCCCUCACCCCAAAUAUUUCAUGCAUGUCAACACUCAAACGUCCUCUGAGGAUACACUAAGUAGACGUGUACGCUGUUGCAAAUUCUUCUGCAAAUAAAGAGUUAAAUUACAGUAAGUUGUACAAGAAGAAAAACAAGCAUACUAAAGAUGACUCACAAGGAGGGGAACCAGUUAUGUGCAGAACACGAUCUAGGAAGGGUUCAUAUACAGGAAGUAACUAAAUGCAUGUUAUAAAUUCUUAAAAAUAACUAAUGUGAUUUAAUGCGGUUGCAAGGGUGGAAACCCUCCUUAACAGCUUUUCACUUUGGUGUGGUUCGGUGUCAUUCCUGAGUGUGUGUCUGAGCCAGAGUGGUUGCAAGUGAUGUCACCAUGCAGGUUUCUGUGCUGCACAGGAGGAGGAAGACCAGUCCCACUUAGAGGAGUCUUGAAAGACUUGAGUGUGAGAAGAGAGUUUCAUCCUUCCACAGCUGCGACAGCUGUUAGACGAGGCUGAGAGGCAGAGGAGAAGCACGCGGAGGCAACGCUGCUGUUGAGAAGAGGAGCUGCUUUCAGAAAUUCACCACUGUGAGCAGACAUGCAGGAUCCCAACCUGACAGACGUCGUGGAGAGCAACUUCUCCAAGUGCCCGUCCAUCGAUGAGUUCCGUAACCAGGUCUACUCCACGUCCUACACCCUCAUCUUUGUCCUGGGUUUCGUGGGGAACAUCUUCGCCUUGGCGGUUCUGAUCAAAACGUGGCGCCAGAGCUCGCCGUUUCACGUCUACAUGAUGAACUUGGCCAUGUCGGAUCUGCUGUGUGUUCUGACGCUGCCUCUCCGGGUCCUGUACUAUGUGAGGAAGGGCCACUGGGAGCAGGGGGAUUUCCUCUGUCGCAUCAGCUCCUACUUCCUGUACGUGAACCUCUACUGCAGCAUUUACUUCAUGACCGCCAUGUCCGUCACUCGUUUCGUGGCCAUCGUGUUCCCAGUCCAGAACCUGCACCUGGGGACGGUGAAUCGUGCACGUAUUGUGUGUUUGGGCAUUUGGAUCUUCAGCAGUACAACGUCUGCCCCCUUUUUGAUGUCUGGUCAGCACUACAACAACGUAACAAAGAAAACCGAGUGCUUCGAGCCACCGUCACCCUCGAGCGAUCGCCUCCUAAAGCUCCAGACUCUAAACUACGUGGGUCUGACACUCGGCUUCAUCCUGCCCUUCCUGAUCAUCCUGGUCUGUUACGCUGGUAUCAUCCGAGCUCUCCUAUCUCGUACCCUGGCUUCUCACCAGCAGCAGAAUUCAGCCUCAAAAGCCAUCAAAAUGAUUGUGAUCGUCUUCAUGACCUUCCUGAUCAGCUUCAUGCCAUACCACGUGCAGCGCACCAUCCACCUGGACUUUCUGUCCCGGAAAGACUCCUCCUGCGAAGAGCAGACCUUUAUGCACAAAUCUGUCGUGGUGACGCUGUGCCUGGCUGCGUCCAACUCGUGCUUUGACCCUCUGCUCUAUUUCUUCUCCGGUGAGGGUUUUCGAAGCCGCUUGUCUUCUAUACGCCAGACCAUGAGAUUCAGCUCCCAGAGGCUUACAGCUAAGAUGAAGCCCACCACGGUCUCUGAAGCCCAAGAAAGCCAGCAACUGGAUGUCAGUUAAGCUUCAGCAGGUGUAGCGGUUACACAACAAGAAGACCAGGAUGUAUUUUAGGGGUUGUCCGCUAAAAUAUUUUCCGUAAGGGCUGAUGUACUGGAGCUGGUUCUUAUAGUUGUUCCAUAAAGGAUAGAACCGGUUAAGUUUUCCAUGGCUAAAGGGCAACCUGAAGGAAUAGAUGUCAAUCAUCUCUUUAUUAAUAGUUUUUUUGUCCAUUCUGUUCUAGUGCUCCUUGCAAAUUCAACCAAACAUUUUAGUUUUACUCUUUUAGAAAUGUAACUUUGUUAACAUCAGAAUGCCGGCUCUAAGCUGACCUCACUGGACCAAUCCUGCUGGAAAACGAAUGAUGUCCUCGUUUGUUUCUAAGCAGAUUGGGAAUUUAAACAAAGUCAUUGUUGGGUUUGAUAAUCCCACCCCUAGCCCCCUUAAAAAAAAAAAAAAAAAGCAGCUUUUUGAUCCGGAGCAGCAAAGAGUUGGUACUUUAGUAGCACUGAACUAGCACUGGAACAGGUUUGGUUGGGAAAAGAAACCCUCAGUCACUCAGGAAGAAGGAAAUUCUAUUUAAAAGCGAUUGGAAGAAAACGAUGUAGCAUUUCUACUGCUUUAUUCCUAGUUUUUAUUCAAAUGUUCAGCAAGUGACAAAAUUCAUGAAGACGUAUAUUUAUUUAUUAGAAAAAAUGUGCUUUUGCCCGUAUUUAAGUCAGGUACUGAUAUAAUAUAAAGUUACUGUAAUCCACUGGUUAUGAUAGAAUUACUAAUAUAUGAAUGAUCUCAGUGUAAAAAUGACUUUUGGAUGUUUAAACUUAUCUUUUUAGCUCGACUUUCAUGAAUGUUGUGUUGUUUUAAUACAGUGUGUGAAGGUACAAAUUCAUUAUGUGAAACUCUGUGGAAAAAAUAUCGUAAUAAAGUUAUAUUCUGUAAAAAUGUA